UCGUGCCACAAUGCCGGAGAGUUGUAUGGCAUAUAAAUGCCACAACAGGAGAGGUCAGAAAUCGGGAAGAAAGUUUCAUAGGCUGCCACGGGACCCUGACAGGCGCGCAAAAUGGAUUGCUGCUAUCGGCCGGGCUGAUCCAAACAACAAGAACAAGGCAUGGGUACCGACUGGAAGGAACGAUCACUGGCGCCUGUGCAGUGACCAUUUCAUCUCAGGGAAGAAGAGCAAUAACCCGACCUCUCCAGAUUAUGCACCGUCCAUUUUUGCUCACACUUCCUCUCCACUGAAGAGAAAACGAAAGAGAGAAAUGGAAACGUACACAAGACGUGAGCGAUCAAAGAAGCAACGUCGUGAUCAGUGCGCAAAGGCGCUGGCUGCCAGUGCUCUUCUUCAGUUGUCUGAGCAAGUUAUUUCUACAACACAGGCACCAGAUUCUGUGAAUGUGAUGGGGGAUGACCAGGAUAAUCCUGCAACAAUGACAGCACAUGAGUGUCAAAACACGGAGUGCAUUGAGCUCAAACAGUCGUUUGAACAAUUAUCUUCAUCAUUUGAUAAACUCAAAGUUCACUCAGAAAUGCUUGAAACUGACUGUCAGGCACUUAGAAAUGAAAAUUCAAUCCUCAAAGAUAAAAUUAAAUCUCUCUCUCUACUUGAAGCCGACUUCGAGGAUGAUGAUGACAAGAAAAACCUCGUAGCCUCCUAG